AGGGAGGGAGGGAAACCAGAGGAAGUGAGGGAGGGAGCAGCUAUGGCGAACGCAAAUCCGAGAGGCGGGGGCAGGAAUGCGAAUGCGAGAGAGGCGCCGGAUGACGAUGAAAACUUGGUGUUUGAGACGAGUGCGGGAGUCGAGGUGAUAUCAAGUUUUGAUCAGAUGGGCAUUAGAGAGGAGCUCCUGAGAGGCAUAUAUGCGUACGGUUUCGAGAAGCCCUCUGCGAUCCAGCAGAGAGCUGUCAUGCCUAUAAUCAGUGGCCGGGAUGCCAUUGCGCAGGCGCAGUCUGGUACUGGAAAGACGUCCAUGAUUGCGCUCACUGUUUGCCAGAUGAUAGACACUUCCACGCGCGAGAUUCAAGCAUUGAUUUUGUCACCUACUCGUGAGCUGGCAGCUCAAACUGAAAAGGUUAUUCUUGCCAUUGGUGACUACAUGAACGUCCAAGCGCAUGCCUGCAUUGGUGGGAAGAGCAUUGGUGAAGACAUAAGGAAACUUGAGUAUGGCGUUCAUGUUGUAUCUGGUACUCCAGGGAGGGUCUACGAUAUGAUCAAAAGACGGACGUUGCGAACCCGGGCCAUCAAGCUGUUGAUUCUUGAUGAGUCCGACGAGAUGCUGAGCAGAGGGUUCAAGGACCAGAUCUACGACGUUUACAGAUAUUUACCUCCAGAAUUGCAGGUCGUAUUGGUGUCAGCUACUCUGCCACACGAAAUUCUGGAGAUGACCAACAAGUUCAUGACAGACCCCGUUAGAAUCCUCGUUAAGCGUGAUGAGUUGACGCUGGAGGGUAUCAAGCAGUUUUUUGUAGCUGUAGAACGCGAAGAGUGGAAAUUUGAUACUCUUUGUGAUCUUUACGACACAUUGACCAUCACCCAAGCCGUUAUUUUUUGCAACACGAAGAGAAAGGUGGAUUGGUUGACAGAGAAGAUGAGAAGCAAUAAUUUCACAGUUUCAUCGAUGCACGGGGACAUGCCCCAAAAGGAGAGAGAUGCUAUUAUGGCUGAAUUUAGGUCCGGAACGACACGAGUCCUCAUCACGACAGAUGUUUGGGCCCGUGGACUUGAUGUUCAACAAGUUUCACUUGUUAUCAACUACGACCUACCAAAUAACCGUGAGCUCUACAUUCAUCGAAUUGGUCGAUCCGGUCGGUUUGGGCGGAAGGGUGUGGCAAUUAACUUCGUCAGGAGUGAUGACAUUCGAAUAUUGCGUGAUAUAGAGCAGUACUACAGUACUCAGAUUGACGAGAUGCCUAUGAACGUUGCAGACUUGAUUUAAGUUCUGGGGCAGUAGUUUCAGCUUAAUUCAUCAGCAAGUUUGUAGUGGCGUCUGGAGUGCCCUGCAUGCUGUAAUACAUUUUCCAGUUGUUAUAGGUCAUCCGACCAACUUGUACAGUAGAAACUGGUCCCGAAAGUUAUGACUCGGGGUUGGCUUCACUAUGAGAGAUAGGAACUUCGAUGUACACCCCAUGAUCACUAACUAGUCUUUAGUGCGCAUUGAUCUUCCUGCAUGAGAAAGUAAAGAGUUGGACACUGUCCUAAAUUUUGGCGUAUUCGACCUCUCCGGAGUGACAAGUCAUAUCCUUGGAACCCCGGAUCGGCAACUUGAGGGUGCAGAGCGUUGUAUAUUAGUAUUUGGAGGUUUACCAGGAGGCCAUUGUUUUCCUACAUAUUCUUGCUGGAAGUCUACCCGUCGAGGCUUUUCCGAACCAGAAGCAGGGAAGAUCAUACACCUGGACAGGUUGAAGAAAGCGGUUCCUCUUUUGAAGCUGGCAUAUUGAGCUUCCACGUUCAUCUGCUAACUCCUGCCGCGGAUGGGUCCUCUGACCAUCGGCUACAAUCUAAGAUUGAAGGUAGCCCUACGCCUCAGCUUAUCAUAUUCUCGUCGAGUCAACCGUGGCAUGAUAUUGAAUUUCGCAAGACGUGACUUCGAGAGAAGGACGGGCGGCUCCCACAUGUGAUCUAGGUCCGAGUGCGGAUUUGGGCAGGUUAGGAUGUUAUAUUCUUAGUGGUGGAUUCCUUAGUGUUACGAACGGUCACUUAAGCUCGCGCUCUUUCGUGUCGUGUACUUGAAUCAAUACCACUGCCAUGUCCUCUGCAGGUCUCAUGUGCUCAGAGGAGAAAAUUGCGUUAACAGAUGAAGAGUGUAUACAAAGUCGGAAGAAGAAACGUCACAUGAUUCUAUCAUUGAAUUAUAGAAAUAAACUCAAACGGUUCACGGC